UGUUAAUAAUUAUAAUAAAUUCCAUAUAAUGAAUAGACAAUAAUAGGAAGCAGCUCAAAUUUGUAUGAUUGUAUAAUAGAGGAUAUAGUGCUGAAACGAGUUAGAGAUGCUUUAUAAGCAAGAGGAGCAAAGACAAUAAGACAAUUAGGUGUAAAUUUCAGAUGUCUUGAUUCUUAUGAUGGUAAUAGAAAAUUAGACAAAAAUGAAUUGAAAGUUGGUCUAGCAGAGAAUGGAGUUUAGUUGUCUUGGAAUGAAGUUGAUGUAAUAAUAUUAUUUUGAUUGUAGAUAUUAUUCGCAGCUAUGGAUAGAGAUAGAAGUGGACAUAUAGAUUUUGAUGAAUUCCUAGUAGCUAUUAGAGUAAUUAAUUAUAUUUAUAAUUAAGGGAUAAUUGAAUCCUACUAGAAAGGCUAUUGUAGAUUAAGCCUUUAGAAAAUUUGAUAAAACUGGAGAUGGAUACAUUACAGCAGAUGAUUUAAAGUAAAAUUAUCAAUUUAUUUUAGGGGUGUUUAUAAUACCAAAUUACAUCCAAAAGUUAAAAAUGGAUAAAUGACAGAAUAAUAAGUGUUUGAUGAGUUUCUUGUUAAUUUUGGAGAUGUUGAUAGAAAUGGUUAAUUAACUUAUUAAGAAUGGUGUGAUUACUAUUCUGCAGUCUCUGCUUCAGUAGACAAUGAUGAACAUUUUGUCUUAAUUAUGAAAAUGGCUUGGAAAAUAUGACACCC